AAUGGAGAGUUUCCAUCCCGUGCAUAUUCCAGUCUGGCUUUGCGAAACCCAAACUGACAAAAAUUCGGACUUGAUCAAGCGGCAUGCGUCUGAUCUUCGGGAUUCAAAUCGUAAGUGCCUUGCGACUAGGUAUCAUCGUAAAAUGAUUCCUGAUCGGGAGCUUGACUAUCGCGAGAUGACCACGGGUCUCAUUGCCAUUACCUCACAGCUUUCGCUGCUUCAGUUGAGAUUUGAGAGUAACAUGGACUCCUUGAAUUACAUUGCGGAAUGCGAAUGUUGCUUCAGUGAGAAUGAAAAGGUCAAGGGAGUCCUUCAAGAAAAAAUACACCAACUGGACGUGGAAAAUCGAGCUUUGCUGGCCGAAGUGAAAUGCCAUCAACGGAUUGCACAGUCUCUAAUGCAAUUGUCCUUCUUCUCGAUGAGCAUGUUCGACUGGCGAGCUCCACAAUGGACGUCAAUUGUUUCCAAGAGAAUGUGGAUUUACUGGACCGUGUCUAUCCCGCUUACGCUCAUCAUUAUCGUGAUCUGGCAACUAUGGCUGCGUAUCGAUAUCGAUCAUUACCAAAAGUCAACGCAAUCGAAUAGCGUUUCUUCUGGACCAAAGACGGAAGACUCUUCUACUAAGUUGAGCCCCAAGAAGGUGGCGGAGAAGAUGAGGGAAUGGUCUCGUCUGCGAAUGCGCAGACGAAAACCCUCAAACGAUGAAGAGGCUGGCACGACGGAACAAGCGAGUUGAUUUCCAUCCUACCAUCAAUACGCAUAGUAUCGCUCAGUGCGGCGGGCGACGAUCAGAUACGACCAAAUGGCAAAGCAAAUAUACGAG